ACUGCUAACGGCGCACCCUGGUCAAGUUGGAAACGCGCAGUAGUCAGUAAUACAUUUCAGAUCGGAAGAGAAGAAUUUGCGAGGGAUUCUGCUCUUUUUCUUCAGGUAUGGCGAACAUUCUGCAACGGGGCAUCGCUUCUAGUCGUGUUUUUCGCCCUUCCUUUCUUUGUUCGUCGAGAUUGUUCUCUGCAGGCGCCUUGGUGGAGGCCAAACCGGGAGAGAUCGGAAUGGUUUCGGGAAUUCCCGAAGAACACCUUCGGAGAAGGGUUGUAAUUUAUUCACCUGCUCGAACUGCAACUCAACAAGGUUCUGGAAAAGUUGGAAGGUGGAAAAUUAAUUUUUUGUCGACACAGAAGUGGGAAAAUCCAUUGAUGGGUUGGACUUCCACUGGGGACCCAUAUGCCAAUGUGGGUGAUGCAGGAUUCAGUUUUGACAGUGAAGAAGCUGCAAAGGCAUUUGCUGAGAGACAUGGUUGGGAGUAUGAGGUUAAGAAGCGCCAGACUCCAGUUUUGAAGAUCAAAUCUUAUGCUGACAACUUCAAAUGGAAGGGCCCACCCAAAACCGAGGAAGAUUGAUUUUUUUUUUCUUUCGGAAUCCUCUCCGUUAUUGGUGCGUCUGG